AAGGGCAUUAGCAAAUACAUGAACAAGAUGCAUCUGUUAGAGACGGACAGGAAGGAAGCAUGUGUGUUACGUGUGUUUCAAUAUGACAAUAAUAACUCCAAUAAAUAAGACUUCACGAGACCCAUAAUGAUUUUUGUUUCAUUCGAGUGAUUUUCAGGUGCAUGUUAAACACACAGAAGACGCGAAAAAGAUUUUAACCAAAUAUACAACACAAAAAUAACGAAAAUCCUUCGCGGCUUCAUACAGCAGCUGACGCUUCUCGUAGAUUUGGUCCGAAAAUGCCAAAUUAAACAUUUAUUCAACGUGUUUUUUAGCUUCCAGAUAGAGCUCUGCACCUCUGUUCUCUGUUGAAACUGUUUUCAAAACGCAAACGGGAUUAAUGCGUUCUGUUUUCUUGUAAAUGUUAUAAAAGAAAGCACACGAGUCCAAUAACACAGACGCUGAACUGGCAAGCUGAGUCUGUACGGUUCUCAUGUAUUGUAUAAAAAUGCAGCGCCGCUCUCGGUCGUUUUCAUUCCUGCUCUUCUGAUACAGAUUUUGUAACUGUACUUAUCCGAAAAGAAAAAUGGCAGAAACCGCUCCAGCUGCUGUCGUCCAGCCGGCCAAAGCACCCAAAAGGAAAUCUGCUGCGAAAUCCACGAAAACCGGCCCAAGCGUGGGCGAACUCGUCGUCAAAGCAGUGUCGGCUUCCAAGGAGAGGAGCGGCGUGUCUCUCGCCGCGCUGAAGAAAAGUCUCGCAGCCGGAGGCUACGACGUGGAGAAGAACAACUCCCGCGUCAAGAUCGCUAUCAAGAGUCUGGUGACCAAAGGCACUCUGGUCCAGACCAAAGGAACCGGGGCUUCAGGAUCUUUCAAACUCAACACAAAACAAGCCGAGACAAAGAAGCCGGCGACGAAAGCCGCUCCUAAAGCAAAGAAGCCCGCAGCCAAGAAGCCCGCUUCUGCUGCUGCCAAGAAGCCGAAGACUGCAGCGCUAAAGAAGACCGCCGCAAAGAAAUCUCCCAAGAAGGUCAAGAAACCUGCCGCCACCGCCGCUAAAAAGGUAACUAAGAGCCCCAUGAAGGCGAAGAAGCCAGCGGCCCCCAAGAAAGCAGCCAAGAGUCCGAAGAAAGCAGCUAAAAGCCCCAUGAAGGCCAAGGCGGCCAAACCCAAGACGACAAAUCCCAAAGCAGCAAAGCCCAAGAAGGCCGCCCCGAAAAAGAAUUGA